CAGACAAUACACACAAUCUUUAUGAGUGCCCAUGCGGCAAAACCUUUAAUGCCCCGUCUGGUCUGAGGACUCAUCAGCGGUUCAGCCAUAAUGAUAAAUGUACCCCCCAAAAUAAAAAAAAAGAACCAAAGAGGCAGUUCCACUGCAGUGAGUGUGAAAAGACCUACAGUAGCCGCGUCGCCCUAGUUAGCCAUCAGCGUUGGCACAACAACCGUUCACGCAACGCAGGCAAAAAAUUCCCGUGUGAGGAGUGUGGAAAAGUGUUCAUGACUCUGACAUUUUACUACAAGCACCAGCGUUUGGCUCAUAGUGAAGAAGAGACCCCAGCAAAGUCAUUCCUUCAUCAGGUUUGCCAGCUUCAGAAGAAGGCGUUUGAGUGUCAGGACUGUGGCCUUAGGUUUUCCAGGGCCUCUGCUCUCCAGUCUCAUCAACUUUGUCACAAUGACGUCUUCAGGGAGACUGAAACGCUAUCCACGAAGCCAACCUCCCCACUACCUCAACGUGAGCUUUUAUUACGCAACAAGGAAGAAACCGAUCACAUGGUCACUUCACAGGACACCAUUCACAGCCCUGUAACUGAGAGAGAUGACAUAUAUGUCAAUGAAACUGAUGAGGACAUGGAAUAUUACGAUACUGGGGAUUUCAAUGUAGAAGUGAUCAGUAUAAGUGCAUCUGAUGGUUCAGUCGAGGAUGAAGAUGAAGACCUGAAUCCUGAUCUUGAAUUACUGUGUGAAUCAGACCAGGAAGGGAAAGAGGAGAUGGAGACUGGCUUUUGCCAGACAGAUAUGUCAACAAUGGCACAUCAGUCCAAAGAGGGCAUUGAUCUUAAAAUUGUCCAGAUUGACUUUGAAUCAUUUCAGGACCACAGAGUAGAGGACCAAGAUGAGCAGGGGGAUACAAUCUCAUUUAAUGUGGAAAAUGAUAAAGAGAAGACUCCCAUCCAGCCUAUGGCUGUUAAAAUGUUCAUUUGUGACAUAUGUGGGCAUGAAACAAAACAUCAGGCAACACACUACAAUCAUGUGAGAAAACAUGAAGAUCGAAAACCCUAUAAGAAUGUAUUGUACCAGCUUGCAGGACUGGAGAAGAACACCUUCAAAUGUGAAGAGUGUGGGAAAUGUUUCUCUCGUUUGUCUGCCCUACACUCUCAUCAACAACACCAUCCGAAAACCAAACCUCACCAGUGCCCCGAUUGUAAAAUGUCUUAUACGCAUUCAAGUGGCUUGUACACCCACCGUAAAAGCUGUCAGGCUAAACGGGAAACCCAGGAUUACUCUUCUGAAACAAAAAAGGAAGUGUUCAACCCAAAGAAGACUCUCUUAGGCCCGAAGGUUUAUCAUUGUGAACAGUGUGGAAAGGGGUUCUGGUCUUUAGGUGCCUAUUCCCACCACAAGCAGCAACAAACUCAGUGUUCUGAUUUGAAGGAGAGGAUGGUUCCGUCAACUCCAUCACUGCAUCCUGUCAAUGGUCGUCCACGUGUUAAAGUUGCCUGUCCUGUGUGUGGAAGGAAGUUUCGUCAUCGAGGGAUAAUGAAAUCUCACAUGCGGAAACACGAAAACGGAAAUCAUAAAUGCGAGCUUUGUGGCAGGUCUUUCCGUGUCUUCUCCAGCCUUCUCAGGCACCAGGUUGUGCAUUAUGACAAACUCCUUCCUCCUCCCAUCAAGUCCUUUCAACAUCAAGUAGAACAAGUGAAGAAGAACACAUACAGCUGCCCAGACUGUGGAAAACUCUUCUCUCGUGCUAAGGCACUUCAGUUUCAUAUGAAAAGUCAUGGUUAUGAGACGAGUUACUCUCCCUCAUCACCCAAGUCGGCUCUCGAGAUAGGAGAGCUACAAUGCUCAACAUGCCAUGCCCAUUUCAGCAAAAAGUCCUUAUUGCAAUCUCACCAGAAACUGUGCAGAAAGAAGGAACUUAAUCUGAGCCGGGCUAGUGAUACCAUUCUUCCUUCGUCCUUGCCUAAAAAUACUUCCAAGGACAAGACCUUGAAAUGCCCCACCUGUUUGUCUUCUUUCAACAGUAUUCUUUCAUUGCAAUAUCACCGUAAACAAUGCAGCAGGCAGUACAAGAAGGCAAGUGAUGAGGGCAUGGAUGAGAAGCAACAAGGGGCUCAAAACAAGCCUCAUGAUACUGAUACUGAUACUGGAAAUGAUGAACUCUUGGACGUUAAGGAAAAAAAUAAGCCCCAACAUUUGGAGAAAUCUGCCUCGUCCGACAUAUCUGAUUUGAAAUACAAAUGUAAAGACUGUGAAAGAAGCUUUGCAGUUGUAGGAGCGUUGAAUUUCCACAAGAGAAUUCAUCUAAAGGGUCACAAGUCUAAAUCAAAGAUAAAGUUGCAAUCGUACGCUGUCCAUAAGAAACUUAACCAAGGGGAGCAAUCAAAAGGCCAGUUUGUCUGUUCCGAAUGUGGUAGGCGCUUUGUUUCCAAUGCAGCCCUUGGCACUCACAAAAGAUGGCACACGGAUAAGAAGUUUGCCGGGUCACUGGUUAAAGAUGAAACGACAAAUUCAGUCAGACACAAAUCAGUUGAUGAUGGCCCAUUUCAUUGCAACAAGUGUGGAAAGGGAUUCUUCUACCUGUGUGUGCUUCGUCGUCACCAGAUAUACUACCCCCCGUGUCAAACCAAAGGAAAACCAGAGCCAGAAGCUGAUGUGAGUGUAGAAGGCAACAGUAAGACCUCCUUUUCUGAAUUUGCUUGCCCAGAAUGUAACAAAACAUUUGUGCGAGGCUCACUUUUAGCUGCUCACUAUGAAAGUGAGCAUAGCAUAUCCUCUGGCCAUGCAGAUCUUCAGGGACACCAGUCUCAAGGCAGGUCAAAUAAGCAGGUCCCAAAGCAACCAGCUGUGAAACCCAUCAAAUCGGAGGAUACUCCAUCCCAAAUACUCAGAGCAAAAGCUCACCAAUGUCCUCAUUGCGACCAAAGCUUCAUGAAGAUACGAGGCUUGCGUGCCCACAAAUGGCAAGCCCACUCCAAGCGCUUGAGGAACAGGAAACGUCCUUUGGAGUCCACACACACUGUUGCAGAAAGAAAAAAUGUAAAUGCCAAGAAAACCGACAUGGAGGUGGUCACAAGUGGCAACACAGUUGUAACCCCCAAACAAGUUUCUGCCAAGAAAAGAAAAGUUGGAGGCAAAAGAAGAAGGAGGGGUAGGGCCAGUCUCCCACCUCUAAAAUCGAUCCCAUGCCUGGAUUGUGGAAAGCGGUACAGCUCGACCGGGGCACUCUAUAAUCACAGGAAGACGUGUCUAGUGCUCAAGCAGGAUAUAAAACCAGUGAAGAAUGUGACUGAGGACCACUCGCCACCGACUCGCUUGCCCGAGCCCGCUGUCAAAUGCCUCUUUAAGUGUCACAAGUGUGGCAAAGCUUUCCCAACUGAAGAGCAACUAGGUGCUCAUAAGGACCUGGCCAAGAGCCGACCGUUCUGUUGUGCCCUCUGCUGUCGUGGGUAUUGGACAGAGACCCAGCUGCAACAGCAUCUUGCCUGGCAUGAUGAGGUUCGCCGACGCCUCCCAACUGAGCUUCGAUACCGACUUAGCACCACUAUGACAUCCGGCCCCACCCAGCUAAGCAGCCCGCUCAAUGAUAAGAAGCCUUCCCUCAAACAAUCUCCUAUGCCGACACCUGUCCCCCGGUCACAGAAUAGCCAUAAGUGCCAGCACUGUGGCAAAGCUUUCCUCUCACCCGCUGCAUUGCACAACCACGAAGCUCAGCACAAUAGCAAUGACUCCUACCAUUGCUCCCUAUGUCCCAGGACCUUCAGUGAGAUCAGGGAUCUCAUAGACCAUCACCAGGAAUGUAUGGGUGAUGACAAAGGGCAGAUGGAUGCCCAUGCUGCUGUCUCUUUAAGAGACACAGAUGGCCUUACUUGUCUUGAAUGUGGAAUUUCUUUCAGUCAAGAAAUUGAGUUGCAUAAUCAUUAUAUUGAGCAUGCUCGCGGAACCUAUUAGAAAAGGCAGAAUUCCAGGAAAUGUCAGACAUUUUUGGACAAAACUAAUAUUCUGGUGGAUUUGGAUAUUCCAUACAGGUUAUAGAGUUCUGGGUUUAUUGCUACAAAUAUUGCUACAAGUAUUACCCUGUACUUAGCUCAGACCUAAAGCCCCAUCACGUACUCUCACACUGGACAAAUGAAUAUGUAAUAUAAAUUCUGACUUGAUAGGUGUCCUCUUAGUGUGCAAAUACAUAGAAUACGAUGAAGGAUCAUUCAGCAUACUAACACCUGCUUAGUUUUUUAAAUGGUGAUUUAUUUUUCUUUAUACUGAGAUUCUAUUACCUCUUAAAGUAAAGUUGUUUGUUUUUGAGAAAAACAAACCUGUUUGGAUUUAGCUUGACUGAGUAUGCAAUAGGGGAAAGUUCAAAGAUUCCCAGUUUCAAUAGCACUUGACUUUUUUUGUAAAUAAUUCAAGGUCUGGCUUCAACCCAUAUAGCCUAUGUAAUUCUAUAGUUGGUUAUAGUUUUGUUAUUACUACUUCUUUGCCUUCGUUUUCUUUUGUGUAGUAUUGAAACUGAAAUUGUACCUAUGUUGAUAAGAUGUAACGUUUUCAUGAUGUCACUACCGAGUCUUACUUUCGAUGUUAUUUAGCUAAAAGCGUUAGAUGGGCAUCCCAUCCAGCAUUAAUAUAGCAUUAGUUUAUGUAUUUGUGUUACUGUAGGUUGCUACCUGUACUGUUUGUUCAGAUUAAAUCAGUAAAUUUUAAUGUUGUUUUAUUUCCCCUUCUUCAAUAUGAACAUAUUUUGAUUAAUAAUCACACGAAAUUGGCCCAAUCUUUUUCUAUACAUACUGUCACAUUAUUAACACAUUUUGCCGGAAUGAAAAACAUCCUCAAGUAAAUAACUUAACUGUA